CUGGAAAACUGUAAAAUUAUUUACUCGAAGUUCUCAUUCAACAGCAGUUGUUUAGUAGCUACAAGUUACUAAGUGAACUUGGACGAUAUCCACAAGUUAUUGAAAUAAAAGAAAGAAAGUCUGAAUCUCCAGUUAAACAUUUUGAAACUUUUUAAAAGAAGCUUGCUCCAGACCCAGACAGACCACAAUUACGAGCAAGAAAUGUUAACGAACGCUGGAAGAUUCAUUGACAGAAAUCCUGGAAUUAUUCCGGUAAGUCUACCUUCUUUUAGGCCCUCUAUCAUUACCUUAUGUGUGUAACGUUUUUCUGAAAAUAAGCUUAAGGCCUUUGCUGGAAGACACAACCUUACUUUUAAUAGAAGUGGUGACUCGAUCGGACUUUGUUCGCAAUGAUGUUAUCGAGCACUCUGUUCUUUUACAGGCAGGAAAGCUUUUUGAUGUUAGUGGAGAAACGGCCGGAGAUUGCUUACAGAUAGCCCAACGGGUAAGAGACUUGAUUUGACUUGAGAUUUAUACUUAUAAAUCAAAUCUUUCUUUCAAAGACAUCACGAUAGCUUCAGGAUGUUGACAAAAAGGAACCGGCAAACCUAAUCUAUCGAUCAAAGACAACCUUUUUGUUUGAGGUUGAUAAAGAAACACCUUUGCUCAUUUUGUAACUUCUUUUUAGUCCUUAAGACCAGAGGCAGUGAGAAAGUUUAGAGGGACAACUCAACCGGAAGCAGGAAAAGAAAGAGUGUUUUAUGGAAGAGCAAAUGACCCAAAUAUUGCUUCACAUAUUAACCAUGGAGUCAGCACAAGAACCUCGCUUGUGGUAUGUAUUAUAAUUUAUUUUAUUUAUGAUCUCGUGCUAUCGUAAACUUUCUUUUGAUUUCUUUAGACGCUAGUUUUUAUUGCAGCGAAAUUAUCACCGGAAAACUAACGGCUUAUUGCAUUGAUAUUGUAUGUAUAGCAUGUUUUGGUUACAGUUCAUAUUUAUAUGCAAAUUAACAUCUGUUCUGAUAUGAUGUAUUCAGACAGAGAACGAUUCUAAGAGAACAAUCUUUAACAAUUAUCCUUUUUGUCUAAUAGUACAGAGUACACGGGGAAAGCAUAGAUUAAUUUAGGCUCUAAUUUCUGAUUUCGUUAAUAAUAGUAACUUACAAUAUUUAUUUUUUCAACAAUAAAUCAAAUAGAGGAAUUCCCAAUAUUAUUGAAAGUUAAUUUUUGUUACAAAAAAAGUUAAAGUUUUCUUUCAGAACCAAUCUAAAAAAGCUCCUAGAAACAGCUAAAUUCACUGUCAUUUAAAUUUUUCAGUUUAAAGCUAAAAUAUGAAUCCUACUAAUUUUUUUUCUUCUACAGGCUGGGGAUCUUGUGAAUCCAACAAGGAAAAGCCUUUUUUCUCAAAGGAUGCUGGACAAAAAAGAAAGUCUUUAUGCCAGCAGGAAGAAUGCACCUCUAGGUAAUGCAAUUAAGUCCAUUUUGUCUAAGUUAUAAUAUUAAUUUUACUAGUAGUACUCCAAAUCCCCCGCACCAAUAAAGGCCCCAUUGUUAAAGGCCCUACCCUCCCCUUUUUAAAGGGGAAAUAGGGUUACUAAGUCCCUCCCCCCUGCCGCCACCCAAUGGUUGAACCAUGCUGCAAAAUCAGAUAAACGAUUUGAUAUUCUCUCUGGUAGAUCAGAUUGAAAGAUUGUAAAGUUACGAUUAUUAAUUCUUGCCCAAUUUACCAUUACAUGUAGGUCGCUGUCAUGAUCAAAGUCCUGGAUUACCAAAGGGUGUUGGACCAACUGACGUCAUGUAUGGAGUUAAAACAAUCAAAGGUCUCAUAAGCUGUAUUUACAUCUGAAACAUUUAAGAGUGCUGUGCAGGAGGCCACAGGUUCAAACCCCCAGCCAGACCAACAAUCAGAGUCUUAAAAUAAUGGAGCACUAAGAUCUGCCUUUGUAUAUGGCAUCUACAAAUUAUAAGAUUUUCUAGUCUUGUCAGAUAAGGAUGACAAACGGUAGACCCAGUCUCAUAAGCCCACAUAUGAAUUCUGUUGGUUGCUAAGGAACCCACACACUGUUCUUACACUGGCAUAGUCCCUAGUGGUAUCUCUCAUGUGGGGAGUGGUCUCAUACAUUGUUGAGGUGACCCUGCCAAAAUUGCCAAACCUAAGUAACUCCUUAAUUAUAAAACUAUCCAAAAAACUGUGCUAAGCUUAAUUCAAACCAAUAUUAUUUUGGAAAUAUUAUUUGCAGAUGGAAGUGCUGGCGAGAUGGUGAACCCAGCUAAGACUGCAGCACAAGUAAAUGCAGAGUCUAUGGAAGGAAAAGAUCUUUACAAAUUCAGUCACAGUGAUUAUGAAGUUGGUAAGUCAAAAUUAAUAAUAUUAUAAAAAUAUUAUAUAACAUUUUGUCAGACCAAAGUGAAUUAGUUGAUUAUUAACUAAUUCUCAGUUUCCAAAUCCUACAAUAAUUCUGAGAUGAAGCCUUUUCAGCAGAGAUCAAGUUUAAGUAGAACCUUGCAUUGGUUUGCAGACACCUCUAAAAUAAAGAGAUUUGGCUGCCAUGAUGAUAUGUAUAUCACAGUGUGAGCUUACUUUUACUCGGCUUAUUUUACUUGAUUUCCAAAAUUAGCUGUAGGCUCUUAGCCAGUGAGAAGACAGAUAGUGAGUACAAUGUAAAAUAAUAAGGAGUAUUGCUGCUCUUGAUUUUUUUAACCCUACAGCUGUACAAUGUGUGUAUGUAUAGUUGUCUCGUUACCAAUAAAGCUAAACAAUAUCCCUGCAUUUCAUAGGUGAAAUGGUUGACAGAAAGUACAACUGGAGUAGAAUCCCGAAGGACAGCAAAUUUGGUGUAGAAACACCCCACAACAAUGACGGCAUUCAUGUCAGAAAGACACUCAAGUGGCUGCAUGAAACACAACAGUAAGUUUGGAUGAUUGCAAUAAUUUAUGUUAAUUGGAUUCAGAAUUAUUUGUUAACAGGGUGCAAAGAAAGUCAGUUUUACAGCCUGCCAUUCAGGCAAGCUGUAGCUAGCAUGUACUAGUCCACAAGUCAUUUCAACUAGCCCUUUAAAACCCUUUGAUUAGCAGGAUUGAUUACAAUCCUUCUGUAAUUUAAAUUUCCCAAAAAAACAGCACUUGCCCAUCAGGCAAGUUAAGAACAAAAAUCACUGGCCCGAUAGCAAAAAUCCACUAGCCCCAGGCUAUCGAACACGACUUUCUUUGCACCCUGGUUAACAUAAUGUUGUAUAGAGAGGAGAAGUGUCAUGUCAGUUUACCAUCGUGGCAAGAUUUCUGGAUCUAAACAAUCUUUCUUGACAGAGAUGGCCAUUUGCUUUGUCAAAUGAUGGAUGAGCUGCUACCGUUUUGUCCCUGAGUUCAAUCAUGCACAGGAAAGUCAUACAGUCUAACCUCUCCUUAUGGACACCUCCCUAUUAUGGACACUUCACUUGGUCCCAGAAAUGCCAAAAAUCAUACAUCCCCAGACACUUGGUUCUGUCCCUUUGGUGUCCGUAUUAAAGAGGUUUGACAGUACAUGUCAAUUUUUUUUCACUUUUUUCUGCCAUAUUUGCAGGACCAUGGUUUGUUGAGAUCCAAAAAUUUUGCUACCAUGGCAACGUGACAUAGUGACUUCCCCUCUCCAUUCUGUUCAACUGAAGACCUUAAUCUAGACUGAAAUGAUUGCUAAGUUUAAAUGAGGGAAUAUAAAAUAUUUAACAAUUAUUCCUAAAGCCCAAAUGGGCUCUGAGUCAAUAGACUAUGAGGCCUUAAUAAAAUCCAACUAGUUGGUCAAAAAUAUCGAGACGAAACAACUUUAGUUACCAAAAUGCGAUUCAGUGAGAAUUGUUUUUGGUUUUCAAAGCCAGCGCUUUUCACUACUAGUAGGCUAUAACAUAUCGCCUAGUAGUAGCUCAACCAAUCAAAAUGCUGCAUUGAUAAAAGAGCACUAGUUGGAUUUUACUAAUAAAUAAUACCAUCCAUAAGUCUCUUGAAGCAUCUCACUUAUCAAACCUCUCGCUGAAUAAGUGGAUGUGAUUUAAUUACAACAGGGAAAAGGCAACAAAAAUUGUCUCCAAACGUGUCGACGACUUUCGUGAAAGAACCCAGCCUCAGCUUGGCAAAGUGCACGACCCAAUCAAGGACACAUUGAGAGUUCCUCCUGAUCACACAUUUGGUGUUAUGGUUAAACCUGAUGAAUAUGGAGCUGGAGAUUUGAUCCACAUGAGGGUCCCAAGCAACUACUUGAGAGGGCGGGACAGAGAAAGGGGUGUGCUAGCAGCAGUUCGACAACAUCUGAAGAAGGCAAACUACCACAACUUUCAUGACCUGAGGGCAGCAUUUGAAUAUUAUGAUAAGGUACUAUAACACUUAGUGAAGGAAGGCUUACUGCUACAGACAUCUAAGUGUGCAAUGUUAUUGAGUUAAAAUCAUGAAAAAUGAUUGAAUUUGUCCCUAAUAAAUCAAAUUACACCUGGCCUUAUGACACAAAUUAGGUAUCUAUUGACACAAAUUAAAAUAUUUUUUCAACUUUUAGGUUUUAGAUCGAGUCUACUUGUAAGAGAGAAAAGACAAAUAAUAAUUAAAUAAAUAAUAUUAAGUUUAAGCAGCUUAAAAUUAUUGGUCAGUCACUGCAGCUUAUGUAUUUUUCCCCCAUAUAGGAUAAAUCUGGUAAAAUUUCACUUGCUGAGUUGCGUGAAGUAUGCAUUCAGUUUAACCUUCCCGUGGAACCAGAGCUGUUAGAAUCUUUGUUCUCUUACUGUGAUGUUGAUGGAGAUGGACAAAUAAAUUAUGAAGAAUUUGCUAACUUCCUGAACUGGAAAGAUAAGAUGCCAUCAGGUGAAAUGCAAAGCACACUGAAGGAAGAAACAUCUGAAGAAGAAGUAAAGGUUAGAGUGACCAGGAUUUAGUUUCUCCUUACUAUAUCACUGGUUAAUUAAACAUUAAGAUUAUGAGAAUUAAGGAAUGAUCACAAAAGAUGAACUUACUUGAUUGUAUAUGUCAAACUCUCCGAAGGGCCAGAACAAAUUUAUGGAAACCAUUGCCAAGAAAACGCUUUUUGGUUUGGGUAUUAAGUAAUGUUAUUAUUGUGAGUUAGAGUAAAUAGUACCGAUUGCCAUAAUUCCAGUGAACCAUACAAGAUCUUAUUAGAGACUUUUAAAUUCAAGGACAAGGACAACUAUCAAGGAUGAUAUUUGACUUUAAGUUUUUUGGUGUGUUCCAAAAAAUAGACAUCCUGGAAAGCUUCAUUUUCACUCUUUACACCAGAAACGUUUUUUUUAAGGAGGUUAAGCGUACCCCAACUCCUGAUCCCAAACUGACAAAAGGUCUAACAUUUGAUGACUUGUUUCUGUCGCUAUGAUAUUUUCACUAAAAUCCCGUGGUAGAAUGGCGAAGGCUAUUGCAUCUUCCUGCAAAAAUGACACUGGUUCACACACACAACUUACACUGUAGUGACCAAGAAAAUUUUGUCCUUGUAGUUGUCAUCGUCUUAGAAUCUAAAGGUCUCUAAUAACUGUGGCAAUAUGAUCAUUCAGAUUCUCACAUCUGUUUCGCCCUUCUCCAACAGGAAGAGGGACAAAUGUCAGGUGAGAAAACACCCGAAAGACUUAAAAAACAGAUUGACAAAGCUGUGGGUGGCUGGAAGACAUCAUCAUCUCAGUUUAAUGCCGUUGCAGGAAAAAUCAGAACAAGUGGUGAGUAACUGGAACACAAAGUCUACGUAAGGUAGCUCAGGGGAGGGUAUUGCAUUAGCCUGUGGCAUGCUCUCUGGGGUGCUCUGGUGGCAGAGUGGGAAAAGAAAGGAGAGUUUGCAACUACAUCUCUGGAAUUUGAAUAUCUGCAUCGAAAAAGUCAAUGAAAAAUGCUGAUUGGUGGAGAUGACAUUAGUAAAGAUGUCAUUACCCUUGGUGCGUGUUUUUCAAUGUUUGUUUACACUCCCGCUUGUUUCUGCUUUGUGCUGAUUGGCGGAAAUUUUACAGCUUAGUUGACGAGGAGCCACAGGGGAAUUAGAGGUGGAAUUUAAAUUCCAGAGAAGAAGUUGCAAUAGCUCUCCUUGCUUUUCCUGCGCUGCCACCAGAGUGCCCUGGAGAGCUUACUCGCAGGAUAGUCUUGCAUAAAAAGGUAUUUCGCAGCACUGACAAUACUGUUUCACUAUAGGAUGGCGAGCCUAUGGAGUACCAACAAUACGAUCUGAUUUGCCUGCACCAAUAACAAGACGUGUGGCAGAUACAACCGUAAGUGAAGAUUAUGGAUAACAUAACACUUAAUGUUUCAAUUUCUUUUGUGGCACUAAAACUUGUAAACAAAAUAAAACACUUUUGCACAUAUGCAACCCCAACCAAAGCAUGGUACAAAGCAUGUCUGUUUAAAUAAAUACUAAUAUUAGGUGAUUCACUCAUUUCCUUACAUUUAAUUUGUAAGAGCAAUGCAUCUUACUAUCACUAUGCUACUUUUUUAUAAUUUACUGAUUUUUUUUGCCACCAGCUAUCAAAUAAAUCUGACAUCAUAGUAAAAUUAAGGAGGAUUUUCAACCUGAUUUAAGAAGUCUAUUUUUCUAUGCUGCGCAUGCGAUAGACACUUAACUAAACACCACCACAUCUACAUGUUUUCCCUAGUUUCAAAUUUGUAUUUCACAAUGCUUUUUUUUUUCAGAACUAUGGUGAUGAAUCAGAUGCUUAUGGCCUGAUCAACCCAUCAAUCUACAGCAAUCUUGGAGUUUAUGAGAAAGAUUUCUUUCAACCCAGAGACCAAUAUGAGGUAAUUAAGGCAUCAUUUAAAUGAAUAAGCUGAACAAUGUUGUUUAUUACCAAGGGUGCAUUUGAUUGAUUGUAUUACGGAAUAAGAAAUACACAAAAGUUUUAAAGCAAAUCUCUUUUUCUUUGAUUUUUGGACCACUUAAACACUAGAUACACCAGUUUUUUUUAUUUCAAGCAGAUUUCUACAUAUAAUGGAGAUAUUAAAAGUAAGAAGGUAAAGGUGCACAUGAGCCAAAGGCCCAAAUGGUCUUAGCUUAUCCUGGUUUCCUUAGCAUGAAGCAUCCCUAGGAGUAGUGCUAAAGGCUCCUGGAUGGGAUGCUAGUCCAUCGCAGGGUUAUCCCCCAGGCAGUAUGUCCCCAGUACCCAUUUAUACCCCUAGUUGAAGAGAGACAAAGUGGAGUAAAGCUCCUUGUCUAAAGAAAUGUUCAACAUGACAAGCAAGGCUUGAACCACAACCUCCAGAUCCAGAGUUUGAGGUGUAAACCCUCUGCCAUAUAUGCCUCUACACAAUGCAAUGCAUAUAUUGCAAUGCACUAAAGAUUUGAAGUCAAGAUUUUAGUCCAUUUAUUCUUGUUUCGGAAUAUGGUCUAUUGAACACCCCCCAAACAGUUGGAUAGCAGAGUUUUAAGAGCUGGAAUUAAUUAUGAAAAUUGUUUGGCAGAUCCGAAGAAUCUUUGAUGGAAUUGGAGUUGAAAUGACCACUGAUGUAUUUGAAAAGAUUUGGGAGCAAGCAAGUUCAAGACACCCUGCUGGACUGGUAAAGACUGAACAAAUUUUUAUACUUUUGUUUUACUUGCAACAAAAACCUUUGGAAUUCAUAUCAUAACCUUUGAUCCUUGUCUGUCACCUUUUCAUAAGGUAUAUAAAAUACUGCUUGCCCUUGGCUCAAGACCAUAAAGCUUGAUAUAAAACUAUUCCUUUUCUAUUUUUCUUUGCAGGUCAGUGUAGAAUCUUUCAGAGGCAUAAUGGAUGAAGUCAAUGCCCAGAAAUUUGCUGAGAGCCAGGCAGUAUGAGAUGGAAAAUCUUUGUGUUUUGCAAAAGUCAAACAAGAUAUUCAUCACCUUUAACUUGACUUUAAUCCACUUGAUUUGCUUCGACUUACAAGGAAAAGUAACUUAUUUUUAUAGUUAUUUCCUAAACAGCUUUCUUGGGACUUUCCUAACUAGCUGAAUUAUUUGACACUGUUAAAUUUAAAGUUAAUAGUUUCAGAGAAAAUUAAAAGUAGAAAAAGUAAUAUGACU